GUAAACGAACCUGGGAACCAAUAGACUUACGUGCAUGUGGCAUCUAAAAUGUUUGCCGGCAAACAUUUUCAGAAUACGAAUUGACCGUUGCAGAAGUAGGAAGGAAGGAGAUGAGGACGAUGUGGAAUAUGUGCUAGCAUCAUUGUCAUAUUCAAGAAGAAUUGUCUGUGUUUAAGAUAGCUGAUUGACUUUUUAAUAUUGUUGUAUGAUUGUAUAACUGUAUUGACAAAGAUUAAUUUAAUUUAGGAAACAACGCUGAAAGAUGGAGCCAUGCAAAGAACCUGUGAGCGUUCGAAUAACAAGAUUAAACAAUUUUUUCUUGGGACGAGGUGGCAGUGCGGCGAACACACUUCUCAGUAAACAGUUUAUUGGGAGAGAAGGUCUACUUGAUGCGCUAGUUGUUCUAUAUGAUGAAUGUAACAAUGAUGCUUUAAAGAAGGACAAAAAUAUUGCGAAAUUUGUGGAAAAGUUUAGAGGUGUAGUAUCUGAACUUCGAAGACUUCGUGUCAAUCUUGCUGAUUUUGAAGUCAAAAAGGUGAUAGGAAGAGGGCAUUUUGGUGAGGUGCAAGUUGUACGUGAAAAGCAAACCGGUGAUGUGUAUGCUAUGAAAACCCUUCGCAAAUCUGAUACAUUGAGUCAGCAAGGAGCUGCUUUCUACCAAGAGGAACGAGACAUAAUGGCCCAGACUACGUCUCCGUGGUUGACAUUUCUUCAGUACGCAUUUCAGGAUAUGAACAAUUUAUAUUUGGUGAUGGAGUUCCAUCCAGGAGGAGAUCUUCUAGCUUUAUUAGAAAGAUUUGAGGGGUCAAUCUCAGAAGAGAUGGCUCGUUUUUAUUCAGCUGAACUUGCAAUGGCCAUCCACAGUUUGCACAAUAUGGGGUAUGUGCAUCGGGAUAUAAAGCCAGAUAAUGUCCUUGUUGAUCGUUGUGGACAUCUGAAAUUAGCUGACUUUGGCUCAGCUGCUCGGUUGACUGCAGCAGGUGUAGUUACAAGUCAAUUACCUAUUGGUACUCCGGAGUAUAUUGCUCCUGAAGUGCUCCAGGCAUUAGAUCAGAAUUCAAAUGGAAGUAAACAGCUACUUUAUGGAAAAGAAUGUGACUAUUGGUCAUUGGGAGUUGUAGCUUAUGAAAUGGUUAUUGGGCGUACUCCUUUCUUUGGAGAACAAUUGUCUGCUACCUACCACAAUAUUAUGAGCCAUCAGAGUACAUUACAGUUUCCAGAAGAUACAAAUACAUCUCAGAGCUUCCGUCAGUUGGUCACUGACCUUUUGCAAGAAGCAGCAGCUCGUUUAAAUCAUGAAAAAAUCUUAAAGCACAGCUUCUUUUCCAGCAUAGACUGGUCUAGGCUGAGAGACAGUGUUCCACCAUUUGUACCUGUGGUGAAUAGUGAGGAUGACACUUCCAAUUUUGAAGAAUUUGAGCAAGAGCCUCGAACUCCUUCCAUUGAAAACUUCAAGUCUCGAAGAGAAUUUUCUGGGAAAGAUUUGCCUUUUAUAGGCUUUACAUAUACCCAUGAUGCUUCUCACACUCAGCUGCUUUCAAGUUCUGUGUCGGAAAAGGACAAAGGGUCAGCUACUGAAUCCUUGCUUGCUGCCAAAAAAAAAGAAAUAGAAGAUUUGUACCGAAAAUUACAAGAAGCACAGCAGCCUAAGAAAAUCAAUGAAAUGAAUACAUUGGAACGAAAAUUGGAGGAAUGUUCCCGAAGGCUGCAAACUGUUGAAGCAGAUCGUUGUCAGCUUGAAGUUGCUCUUGAGAAAUUCAGAAAUGAAUCUCAGAGUCUAAAACGAGCUCUAACACUUGAACGAGAAGAUCGAAAAAUGUUGGAAACAAAUGCCAUUAGUAUGAUUAGAGACAGCAAGACUCGUUGGGAAAAGAAAAGGCAGCAGGAGCAGCAGCAACUCCAAAAGUGUAUCGAAGACAAGGAACAAAUGAUAGCGGAGUUGAUAUCUGAGAAGGAAGGCCUGCAGGACAAAAUAAAACAGCUGGAUGAAAGACUGAAGAAAACUCAGUGGCAAGCAGAGGAGUUGCAGAGUACAGUUGAUCAAAAUAAGAAUGCCAUGGCAAAGGUGAGAGAGAAAACCCGAAUGAGCAUUGCUGGUGUUGAGACCCAUCUCCAAAAGAUAGUGGCUGACAAACAGCAUCAAGUGACAUCUCUGCAAGAGCAAUUGGAUGCUCAGAUGAAGCUUACAAGUGAAUUACAAAAUCGUAUUGAGGAGCUGGAAACCUCAUCUGGAGACAGAAUGCUGGAGUUAACCUCAGAAUGUCAGCAGUUAAAGAAAGAAAAUAAAAAACUGCAUUCAGAGAUCAAGCAACAUAUGGAGGCAAAUGAAAUCCUGAUGAAAAAUGCCGAAGAAACGAAAAAGAAGACCAUUCAAACUGAAAAUGCACGCAUUGUAGAUUUAGAGGAGACUCUAAGCCAGGAGAGGCUGAACUACACAAAACUGAAUGAACAAUUUGAGAUGAUGGAGAAGCAUAUAAAUGAACUGAAGCAGGAACAAGAAAAACAUACAUCCUUCCAUUCUGAGAAAUUGGAAGAACAUCAGACACUCAUUUGCACAGUUGAAACAGAAUUAAAGGAAUCCAUGCGUGAGAAAAUGGAUUUGAAAUGUAGCUUAGAGCAGAAAACUGAAGAAUUAUUGUGUGUGGAAUCAGAAAAGAAGAGUUUGGAGGAAAAAUUGCUUGAUGCAAAGAAAUUGAUUUCACGCUUUGAAGAAGACAAUUUACGAUUGAAAGAGCAAAUUACAAAUUUGAGAGAAAACAAAACCCCAGUUGUGUCUUCUGAUAAUGCUGCUGCCAUAGCAGAAUUGGCUCAAAAGAAAGCCUUCAUGGAAGCACAAGUUGAGAAAUUAGAAGCUCAACUUGAAAAGAUUCGAGAAAAUCUUGUUCUAGAGCGGGACAGUGCUAAAACACUCCAGUCUCAGUUAUGGAAGAGAGAGAAAGAAUUGUCAGAUGCAAAAAUAGACUUGCGGAUCGCUCAACGUGAGGCUCGGACUGCUGAGCAAGAACUGAAAACUCUUCAAGAAGAGAAGAGCAAGUGGGCGGAAAGUGCAAGUGAAGAAAGAUCUGCUCAUGCUCAAGAAAUUCGAUCUAAUUGGGAUAAAAUAGAAGCUUUGCAUGAAGAACAAAAGGUUCUCAGGGCAGAGUUGGAAGAGAAAUCACAGAAAAUUUUUGAACUUACAAAAAAUGUCGAGUUGGAGAAGACUGGCUGUGAAGAGGAGAAACGCAAAUUAACAGAAUGCAUAAUGCAGUUGAAAUCUGCCCAAGAUGAAAUAUCACAAGGCAAGCGAUUAAUGAAAAGCCUGGAAUCUCAAGUUUCAUCACUUUUGAGUGAAGUUGAGACAUUGAAAAGAUACAACCAAAGAAGUAGUGAAGAGAAAGAUAAACUAUCCAAACAGUUGGAGGAACAGAAGAAUUGUUGUCAUACUUUAGAAAUGAAUAUUAGUGUGUUGAAAGAAACUUGCGGCAUGCUUGAAGAGCAGUUAGAGGAUUACGAAAAGAUAUCUGCUGCAUAUGAAGAGAGAGAGAAAAAGAACUCAUCUGAAAUAGUAAAAUUGCAAGAAGACAUUGAGAAAUUGCAAGGUGAAAUCAGAACUGCUCGUCAAGCUACAAAUGAAGAAAAAUCAUUAAAGAUACGUGCAGAGUUGAAGUUACAACAAACUGAAGCUGAAAUUACUUCACAGUCUGAAAUUGUUACAACGCUACAAGAUCAGCUAUUAGACUACAAGAAAUUGGCUGAAACCUUGACAGAUCAGGUGACAGUAUUGGAAAAUACUUGUGGAGAACAUGAAUUGGCAUUGCGGACAGCAAACCGUCAAUUAGAAGUACAGUGUCUAGAAAAUACAGAGUUAAAAGAAGAAAUUGCUCAACAUCUCACUACAAUACAUGGUUUGAGAGAAUCUGCCUUUAAAUUGAGUCGAGAAAUUGAAGAAGCUUCUGAGCAGAACAAAGAUCUUGAAAAUCGGCUUUUGUACUUACAAGCAGAAAUGGAUGAACAAAGAGUAUAUCAUCAGCAUCGGGAAAUAAAAUCAGAUGCCACUAUUCAGCAACAAAUAAAAUUAAUUGAUUUUUUACAGCGUAGUCUUUCUGAACAUUCCAAGAAAAAGAAGACUCUCACAGAUAAAUUAUUUGGUCGCCAAAAAGAGAAUCUGGCUCCCAAAUUGACAGCUAGUGUUACAAACAGGGAUCUGCAGAGUCAGUUAGCACAGGAGCGAGGCAAGGUUAAAUUAUUAUCAGAACAAUUGGUGAAUGCAAAAGCUCAAUUACAGAAGAAGUCUUUUGCUUGUGAAAGCAGUACUGACAAGGUGUCUGUGCCCUCUUCACCAAACACACGAAGAGUGCUAAGUCAAAUUGUUCAGUCUCCAGGUACCCAGCAGAGAAGAAAUUUUGAGCGGCAGCCAUCACUGCAACGAAUGCAUCAUAACAUUCCUCACAGGUUUGAACCUAAACUUUCCAUGCGGGUGACAAAAUGUGCUGUCUGCCUUGAUAGCAUUCACUUUGGCCGGCAUGCUGCUGUGUGCCAGGAAUGUCAUGCAACUGCUCAUCCGAAGUGCUCUCUUGCUAUGCCAACAACUUGUGGGCUUCCAUCUGGAUUCAUGCGCCAUUUUUCAAGAACUUGGAAGAGCAAUGAAAAUUCAAAUGUUGAACAACUGUCUAACACUUCUACAGCAGAGGGUUAUGUGAAGCUUCCAAAUGAAGGUAAUUCGGGAUGGGAGCGCCAUUACCUUCGGCUACGAGGUACGGUCCUUGAAGUAUUUGCCAGUAAACCCAUUGAUGAUGAUGAAGGUCCUGAUGCAUACUUUGACUUGUGCCCUCCUGAAGGAUGCCCUCGGGUACUUAGUGCUGUUCCAUGUUCUGAUGUUCAGGGAACAGCUUCAUCUGACAUGCCCUUCAUUCUUAAAGUGGAAAUUGUUCCUCGAACCACUUGCUGGCCUAAAAACAGAUCUCUUCUUAUUAUGACACUGAGCUUCCUCGACAAGCAGAAAUGGGUUCAAGCUCUAGAGGCUGUGGUUCAGCAGAGUUGUGGACAAUUCUCAGGGAGUGAACGUUACAAAGGUCAUUGUUUAAUGACUUUAGAAAGUGGACAAAAUUCCAUUAUGUUGGAUAUAAAUUGCUGUGUUGAAUUGUCAGAUCAGGUGAAAAAUGCGAGAGCUAAAAAGGAGAGUCGCAAUUUGGUGCAGUGUGACUUGCACCAGCUGAGAAGUGCAGCAGAAGCAGCAGAAUGUUCUCGGCCUUCAAUUAGCAUGCAACCCGUGAUUCCUGCCUCAAUGGAUCCAACUUGCUGCCAUCUCUUUGCUGUAUCACCACCAAGUAGCCAUAAUGCUGAUGUGAUUCUGUGUGUGGCUACAUCUGAUAAGUUAAUCUUAUUGAAGUGGAAUCCAAAACAAGCUAGUUUCAUUCCAGUGAAGUUGCUGGAUACAGCAGAUCCAUGCAGUUGCAUUCACUUUACUCCUCAUUCCAUCAUUGUUGGGUGCAACAAAUUUUUUGAAUUGGAUCUAAAGAAUUUCUUUGUUGAAGAGUUUUUGGACUCCAGUGACCCCACAUUAACUCUUGCUGUUGUUGGCACUGAACAACUCAACAGCUUCCCUGUGUCUAUUUUGGAUGUUACACCCCCAAAGAUGACUGGACAUCCUUCAGAACCAGAGUUUUUGCUAUGCUUCAACGAACUGGGUGUGUUUGUUGAUCAGUUUGGCCGGAGGACUCGAGAAGAUGACAUUAAAUGGAGUCAUUUGCCGCUGGCUUUUGUAUAUCGUCGACCAUACAUAUUUAUUGUCCAUUUCAUGUCAGUUGAAGUAAUGAAAUUAUCUCCAUUAUCGUUUACUCAUGGAAAAGAUGACACUACAUCUACUGUUAAUUACCCAGACCAAACUUUUAUUGAAAUGAAUAAUCCAAGGUUUCUAGGAAUAUCUGGCAAGUCUGGUACAAUAUAUGUCAGUACUUCUUCAACUGGAUGUUGUAAUGUAUUGCGCCUGGAUGCUACUGCUGCCUGUAAAGAUGACUUAACGCUUAGUUUAACUGAAAGUGAUGGUGCAGAUUUGAAUACUUGUGGUUCAGUUGAAUUCAGUUUCACUUCAUCACUUGUCCAGUCUUUGGAUGGACUUGACUCUGAGGCAAACCCCAGUACUGAUGAUAAUGCGCCGUUUUCAAGUAGACAGCAUGUUAGAUUUGAUGUUCCCCACACAGCUUUGUAAAUACUUUCUCUUUUAUACCAGAUUAUGUAUUACUUUCAGUAUGCAAUUCUAACAUUCUGGCUUGUGAUUAAAUAUGUUUUUCAUUAUGUAUUGCCAUUAUGUAUAUUCAUGUAAUUAUUCAAUUGCCCAUAUGAAAGAAGUGAAGUUUUAUUGGCAAUAGUUCAUCUAAUACUUGGUUUUUGACAUUCUUUGUAGAUUAAAUUAAUAGUUUAAUAAUAGCUAAACAUGCAAUUAGUAGUUAAGAGAUUGGUGACAUUCUAGACUUACAUCAGAUAAGCUUGUUUGUAUGAUGGAUUAUUUUAAUACAGUUUCCUUCUUUUGGGUUUUUAAUCACAAAGCUUUUAGAAUUGUACUAAAACAUGAUAUUCUGUAUAAAGAAAGUUGAUCAAUUAUAUUGGUUUGUGUGAAGUAUGUUUUUACUAUAAAUCUGUGUUACUUAAUUCAUUUGUAAAUGUUUCAUGGGAUAAACAUGUGUAAGGUGUAAAUAAGUGAUGAAAGUGAAGCUGGAAUAUCAGGAUGAUCAAGUGAAUGUGAAAUGCACUUCAUGGAACUUCUCAUUAGAAAGAUGGUAAUGCUAUUUUAUAUAAAAUGAUGAUGAAAGUCAAAAUGACUGUUUCAAAUAAUUCUUCUUUUUAUUUUUUUUAUUUUAAGAAACCUUUUGUUCUAAUUCAAGACUUAUAAUAAAUUUUAAGGUUAUGAAAAACAUGUAUUAUUUUGGCUUACAAGUCAAACAGAACUAUUUUUUUCAUUUGCCACAAACUAUUUUUCUGCACCCACUAGAAGUGUCAUUGGAUGUUUUGUUUUUACAGUAUGGAAUUUUGCUGUGUCAACACAUAUUCAUUCCUUGAAUAUUUGUUUGUACUGAAGUACUUAGCAUCACGUGAUGCCCUCUUAAAAUGUUUUGAGACUAUAGCAGUUGUGCAAAGUUCUUUAGCCAGGUUCAGUAAAUACCAUUGCUGGGGUGGAUUGUUUCUUGGGACCUCUUCAUUCAGCCUCCAGGAAUUGAUUUUGGAUAAAUGAUGAUAUAAAAUUCAGUCAGAGCAGUCAUUGAAGAAAGACCAUGAAGAAUUAGCUAUUAUCUCAAAAACUAAGAUGUCUAAAACAGUUAUGUUUUGGCAUUUUAUAGAACAUCCUCAAAUAUUGUGUCACAACAUAUAAAAGUAAAUCAAUAAAUAUAGGCACUAGAAGCAAACUAAAACGUCAGAACAGUCAAAAUGAGUGCUCCCAUCGUUCUAGUAUUAAUAUCUACUUGGUAACCAAAUAGCUUAAAGAAAUGAAGAAAAACUACUUGAUUUGGAUGAAUUCAUUAAUGUAUUUUUCUUCCAUUCACUCAAAGAACUUUUCUUUAUGUCAGAAGUUUACAAUCAUCUUAUAUAUAAUCUCCAUAGAGAGUAUAUAGAAGAGAAAUUAACAGAUGUAACUGGAAUCACCCAGGUCCCCUUAUCUCAAAUUCUAAAUGUUUACCAUUUGCUCAGCUUUGACGUACUUCUUACUUAACAAGGGAGCAAUAUUAAUCACGUGAAAGAAUGUUAUACUUUCUUUCAUGUUCUGUUUUUACUGCUUGACUAAUUAUAUUUGAAUGGGUUCAAAUGUGACCUUCAUGUGAUUUGAAGCUUAUUUUUGAAUUUGUAUUAUUUGUUUGUGUCAUUUUAAAUAACACCCGUGAUUCUAAUACUUUUUAUUGUUCAAAAGUGAAUGUUAUAUAUUUAUAUACAAUUUUGUAAGAAAAACAUGCCAGUAUUUUUAAAAUUGUUACCUUAAGUAGAUUAUAAUAUUGGCUCAAUAAAGGAUUCCAUGUCAUAUUCCAAUUCUUUUCUGACCCUUCAAAUUCA